CGUCUCUCCCCUGACGACGCUUCCGCUUCCGCUUCCCUCCAGAAAACAUGGCGGCCUGCGUGUGGAGCGUGAGGAGCGUCCGCGUCCUGUCAGAGAUCAUUCACGGACACGUCCUCCCGGCUGCUGCUGCAGUCCGGCACCAAGCGGGCACCUCACGGUCGCUGCACGGGGCGCGUGCUCCCGCGGUGAGUGCGCGUCACCUGAAGCAGCUCGGUGUGACGUCACUGCGGUCACUGUCUCAGGUGUCGCUCUCCGAGGAGCCGGACGCGCUCUACCAGAAGCUGUCGGUGCGGGUCAAAGGUCACGACAGGUCCGUGCUGGACAGCUUCGAGUUCUUCGCGUCGCUGGCGGCUCGGGAGCUCGGCCUCAGCCUGGAGCGAGCGUUCGAGCCGCGCAAACACACGGAGAAACUGACGCUGCUGAAGUCUGUGCACAUCUUCAAGAAGCACCGCGUGCAGUACGAGACCAGGACGCACCACAGGACCAUCGAGAUUUCCAGAGUGACCGGCUCGAGUGCUCGUGUUUAUCUGGAGUAUAUUCAGCGUAAUCUGCCGGAGGGCGUUGCUAUGGAGGUCACCAAGACCUCUGUUGAAGAGAUCCCGGAACACAUCCAGAAACCGCUGUGGGACGAGGGCAAACUGGAGCCGUGCGGUCAGUGAGCAGCACACGGUCAGCGGUGCAGGUCUCUGUCCACUGACAGCAGAUUCACAUCCAAACUGUGAUCGUCAAAGUGUGUGUGUGUGUGUACAUGGAAACUGUUAAGCAAAUGCAUUUAUUUUCUUUCCUUUACAUUAUAAAAUAAAAUGACACCAGCCCUUCUCUUUCAA